AUGACAAACAAACCAGGACUACUGCCUAAGUGGCUGGUGGCGCACACAGCAAUUAAGGCCACAUAUCUGUUGAUUGUUAACAAUAGAAACAGUAUCGGGUUUCUGAAUAGCAUCAGGAGUAUGAAGCCCUCGUAUGUGCACAUUGCGCUUCUGCUCAGCUUUGCAAGACUGAUGUCUUUGAAGAGAAUAACAAAAUCCAGGUUCUACAUUAUGAUUGCAGCAUCUUUUUUUGCAGAGGGCGUGUUUUUUAUAUAUGGAGGGAUUCAUGGAAUAUAUAGUAAGAUGAGGGUUCUGUCUGAGGUGUUUUUGGAUGUGUUUACACUAGCAUGGAUGGUUUUUCUGUACCCUUACUAUCUUGUGGAUGUUGAGGACGAAAGGAAGUCGCAGUGA